UGUAAUAUCCACUAAACCGGUCGCUCGGGAUGGAAAAAAUAACUCUCAUAAUGCUCUAACGUUGAAACCGCUUUCAACACAAGUGUUUGUGAUGGAGCAGCUGAUGAUGUACCAGCUUGCUGUGGUGCUGACAGUGGCCGUGUGCUACUACAACUCCUUGGAGGCUGGUUUUGUGUUCGAUGAUGUCUCGGCAAUUGUAGAAAAUAGAGAUCUGCGACCCCAUGUCCCAGUACAACGACUCCUCUGGAAUGACUUUUGGGGUACGCCCAUGCACAAGGAGAAGAGUCACAAGUCCUACCGACCACUAUGUGUGUUGACCUUUCGUCUCAACUACCUUCUCCAUGAGCUCGACACCAUGGGCUACCAUCUUGUUAACGUCAUCCUCCAUGCUGUCGUCUGCCUCCUGUUCAUGAAAAUGUGUCGUAUGUUCCUGCCGGACCUCGCCAGUUUUGUGGCAGCCUUCCUCUUUGCUAUCCACCCAAUCCAUGUGGAGGCUGUGACUGGAGUGGUUGGAAGAGCAGAGGCACUGUCUUCAAUAUUCUUUCUGUUAGCACUGAUGUCCUUCUCCAAAUCAACUGGAUACAGGUCCCAAAUAGUUUGGAGACCCCUGAUCUUGACUGUGGUUCUUGUCACAGUAGCCAUGUUGUGUAAAGAGCAGGGCAUCACAGUCAUAGGAGUGUGCUGUGUGUACGAGGUGUUCGUAGCUCAGCGGGCUACAUUUAUGGAGCUGCUGGUAGUUGUGGGAAGCUUUGUGAAGGGGAAGCCUUCCAUCCCUGCCUGGCUUAGGAAUUCUAUAGUGAGAGCUGCCUUCCUUGUGGGAACCACACUUUUCCUACUCUUCGCCAGGAUCAAAGUGAUGGGAGCCCAGCUCCCGGUCUUCACAAAUUUUGAUAACCCUGCUUCCCAAGCUGCCUUCCCAGCCCGACAUCUGACAUUGAACUACCUGCUGCCAGUCAAUGUUUGGCUCCUCCUUUGUCCCUCCGGACUGUGCUGUGAUUGGACCAUGGGUACCAUCCCUCUGGUUAAAUCUCUGCUGGAUGUGAGGAAUGCUGCUACCCUGGGUUUCUAUGCCUGUAUGGUCAGAUUUGUAACCUAUAUGCUGAACAAUCAGGACAAAAGGAACCGAGUUAUUAUUAUGGGGCUGACUCUUAUGGUGCUUCCCUUUAUUCCUGCCUCCAACCUAUUUUUCCCGGUUGGUUUUGUGGUAGCUGAGCGUAUCCUCUACACUCCUAGUAUGGGCUUCUGUAUGCUGGUUGCCCUGGGAUUUCAACUACUCCUCAAUCACCACAAAAGCUUGAAGCCUAUUUUAUGGGGCUUGUUUGGUCUCCUUUUACUAACGCAUGGAGUAAAGACUCACCACAGAAACAGGGAGUGGAAAUCUGAGUAUACCUUGUUUAAGUCCGCAUUGAAGGUCAAUCAGAGGAAUGCAAAGUGCUUUAAUAAUGUGGGUCAUGCAUUGGAGAAGGAGGAACGUUACUCUGAAGCACUGGAGUACUUCAUUAAGGCAGCCAGUGUACAGCCAGAUGAUAUUGGGGCCCACAUGAAUGUAGGGAGGACAUACAACACUAUGAACCAGACCACCGAGGCAGAGUCCGCCUACAAACGAGCCAUGGACCUGUUCCCUCCUAUUAUCCCAGGUAAAAGUUACACAACACGAGUGGCCCCUAACCAUCUGAAUGUCUACCUCAAUCUGGCCUCACUCGUGUCCAAGGAUCCCGCCCGCCUGUCUGAGGCAGACAAUCUGCUGAGGACGGCUGUUUCCAUGAGGCCUGACUACGUCCAAGGCUACAUCAACCGAGGUGACAUCAUGGUCAAAAUGGCCAGACUACCAGAUGCUCUGGAGCAGUACAAGACUGCCCUAAUGUAUGAGCCAGAGAAUGCUGAUGUCCAUUAUAAUCUCGGUGUCGUUAACCUGUCUCUACUUGGCAGGCUGAAGGCAGUUAACCCCUCUGAUUCCAAGGUACACUUUACACUAGGUAUGCUGGAAAUGGACCGUCGUGACUUUGUCAGCGCUGAGAUGCACUUCAAACGCUGUAUUGAGCUGGAAGGGAACUUUAAAAGUGCCUUGUUUAACCUUGCACUCCUUCUCACUAAUAACAUGAAGAAACCUUUGGAAGCUGUUCCCUACCUGGAGAACCUUUUACAGUUCUACCCGAAUCACACCAAAGGCAACAUGUUGAUGGGCGACAUCAAUGUGAAUAACCUCAAAAACCUGGACGCUGCAGAACAGAACUUCAAUCUGGUGGUAGAUCUGGAUCCCCUAAAUGUUCAGGCACAUCACAACCUUUGUGUGGUGUACGUGGAGAAGCGCGACCUGUUCCGUGCAGAGAAGUGUCUCGCACGCGUCCACAACAUGGCUCCCGAGGAGGAGUACAUCUACAACCAUCUACAGAUCGUACGUUCUCGCAUCAACGAUGCCAUCAAGGCUCACAAAGAAAAACAGCGCGCAACACAACAGGCAGCAACAACUGAGCAGAGUACACCAGGCAAACAGCAGCAGGGACAACAUCAACCAAAGCAACAGCAGGAACAACAUCAACCGAAGCAACAGCAGGAACAACAUCAACCAAAUCAACAGCAGGAACAACAUCAACCAAAUCAACAGCAGGAACAACCUCAACCAAAGCAACAGCAAGGACAACAGCAGGAACAGCAACAACAGCAAGCAACGCAAAAGAAGCAGCAAAAUCAACAACGUAAACCAACUCCUCCUAACCAUCAACCUCCCCCACCACCAAAACAACAGAAACCCUCUAAAAAUCCACCACAACAACAGAAACCACCUAAUCGUGCUUCUCACUCAGAUAACUCCCCACCCAGACAUUGAUACGUCUAUACACAGCUGUAUUGAGCCGUGUUUGCUGUGUGAAUGUGUAGGAAGUGGUGUGAUACAGUAUGUAGUGUUAACUUUGCCAAUGUUUGUGUUAGCUGGUAGUAUAUAUGGUAAGGUAGCUGUAUGCUUGGUAUAUAUUUAGCUGGUGUCGAGUAACUGAUACAAAGUUGUAAUGGAGAUGUAUUUGUUAGUAUUUUAUUGUGGGUAUGAUUUUUUGGGAGUAUAUAUUUUGAACAAUCCAGCCCAUUAUUAGAAAUGAGGAUAUAUAUAGUUUUGCAUAUGAUAGGUUGUACAUAUAUCAAGAAGCUGAGUUACUUAGCUGAUAACAAUAUUGAGUCAAAGGUUGCCAAAAGGAUACAUAACAAGUCUUGUUCUACCAUUGGUAUAGGUUUGGUGAUACACCUUCCCAUCAGAGCUCGUUUGUAGGGAGGACAGUAAUCUCAGUAGGCCCACAUCCAAUGUUUAUUUGUUCUUGUAUUAUCUACGCAUAGUAAUCUUACUCACUUUUUAAAGCCAUGAAGAAACUUUAAAGUUGAGUUAAUACUGUCUUCAGGUACUAAAAUUGAGUUCAUAAUAUUCUGCAGGUACUAAUUUUGAGUUGAUAAUAGUCCUAAGAUAUUAAUAUUGCUAUAAAAAGAGUUACUGUAUAGCGCUUUAAAUUUGCGGGGUCAAUAUUUAGUGGUUUCGUAUUCAGUUCAUAUUCGUGGGGGUUUAAUUUCUCUGCGCACCCGAAUCCCAUGUGUCGUGCAAAGUAUUUUGUGUGUCAUCAUUUAAGGGUUAAACAUCGAAAUACAGGUUAACUGUUUGAAAACACUGAUCCCAAGCGUCAUCAUUCGCCAGUGACUUCACUCAGAAGGAAAUCAAAUGUUUAUGUAUCUUUGUAGGAGUAAACUGUUAUCAAUAAAUCACCUACUGUGUACACAUACAUAGGUUGUGACCACUUAUAGGUAAGUGUUGUUUUUACAUGGACUGCCCAGUUGUCCGGUGAUAAACUGAUUUGAGUUCAUUCAAGUUUGCAUAACAGCGUUGGGUUAUAAGUAUUUUCAACAUAUUGUGAUAAGGUCCAUAAAAGUGGUUAAUAUUUUCAAUAAUUUCGCUGGUGUUUAGAAUUCGCGGAUAUUAGUCAAAGGGAGAUUAAAACCCCGCGACAUAUAACCGCUAUACAGUAUAUGAUGAUUUAAGCUAGCAGCUGUCAAGGUGUUAUCUCUCCAUAAGUAGUUCAGUGAUUUUUCCCCAUGAGACUUCAGCUUGCAGCCCAUAGUUAGCAUCUCAUUUUGAUGCUAGGCAGGUUGGUUCAUUGGUUGGGGAAGUGUACCAUUGGCAGUGUAAAAGUCCCAAGUUUGACUCGGCAGUUUGUGUUUUUUUGAACAUUGUAAUUCUCAUGGAAUUUUUCUGUAGAAAACACUUAAACAAAUGUUUCAGAAUAGAGGGAUUGUAAUAUGUUUUAUUUGAUGUGCCCUUGACCUUAAUAGUGCAUGUUGGACAGCACUUCUCAGUAAUAGGGUGUACAGAUGAAAACCUGCUGAAGUCUAUCUACUUGUUACUCAGUAAUAGGGUGUACAGGUGAAAAUCUGCUGAAGUCUAUCUUGUUGUUUCUCAGUA